AUGGAGCCGUCGCUGUUUAAGAGCAAGAAGCGCAGUCGCGAUGUCGACGCCGAGAAGACCGCGGAAGAUAAUGCAUCCUCGUCUUCUUCAUCCGCUGAAAGCAGCAGCGAAAGUGAUAGCGAGGACGACGAGGUGGAGAACGCAAUGUUCCAGCUUAAAGACGAGAUCGACCGCAAGACGGAAGCCACUGUCUACGUGGAAGGAAUCCCGUACAAAGCGAGUGAAGGAGACAUAGUGACACACUUUUCAUCCUGCGGUACAGUGCGUGAGGUGCGCAUGCCGCGUUACCAGGACUCGGGCAAGCCUCGUGGCUAUGCUCACGUGGUGUUUGACGACGAAGCAGCAUUGGAGAAGGCGCUGGAGUUGGACGGACAGUACUUGUUCAACCGCUAUCUGUCGAUCCGUAGAGCGGAAGCUCCACGUGCUGUCGAGAUGGCACUGAAGGAGAAAACCCAGAACGCUACGAAGAAGGCCGUCAAGGGAUGUCGUACGGUGUACAUCAAGCAGCUCCCGUAUGAGGUCGAAGAGGACACGAUUCGCCAAGCGUUGGCUUCGUGUGGUACUAUUACCAGUGUGCGUUUGCCUAUCUGGAACCACACCAAGAAGCUCAAAGGCUUUGGAUACGUCGAGUUCUCAAGCGAGGACGAAGCGCUGGCUGCUGCUCGUCGCAGUGGCAUGAAGAUCGGCGACCGCAUGGUGUUGAUCAGUCUGGAUGUUGCUGGCAGCGCACCGAAGGCUAGCUUCCGUCAACGUGACGGUCAGUACUGGAAUAAGGGCGAGGAGGCUAAGAAAUCUCUGGCCAAGAAGAUCAGCGAGAAGCAGCAACGCCAAUCUGCCAACAAGAAGCGGAAGACCAAGUAGGUCUGCGCUACCAAUCCUGUGCAUAAGAAUAGAGCUAUAUACACGUCACA